UCUCCCUAGCGUCACUUCCGGAGAACCUCUCGCGGGCUCUGGGUUUCAGAGCGGCGGCUGCGGCUGUGAAGAAGGAGCUCGGGAUUUCUAUUGUAAGGUUCACGAAGAGAAGCGGUGUCACCAAGUGCUGUCAGCCAUGUUUUCAUUCAACAUGUUUGAUCACCCGAUUCCCCGGGUCUUCCAGAACCGCUUCUCUACGCAGUACCGCUGCUUCUCCGUGUCUAUGCUAGCAGGGCCUAAUGACAGGUCAGAUGUGGAGAAAGGAGGGAAGAUAAUUAUGCCGCCCUCGGCCCUCGAUCAGCUCAGCCGGCUCAACAUUACCUAUCCCAUGCUGUUUAAAUUGACUAACAAGAAUUCAGACCGAAUGACACACUGUGGUGUACUGGAAUUCGUUGCUGAUGAAGGCAUCUGUUACCUCCCCCACUGGAUGAUGCAGAAUUUGCUGUUGGAAGAAGGGGGCCUGGUUCAGGUGGAGAGUGUCAACCUUCAGGUGGCUACCUACUCUAAGUUCCAGCCUCAGAGCCCGGACUUCCUGGAUAUUACCAACCCUAAAGCAGUAUUAGAAAAUGCAUUGAGAAACUUUGCCUGUCUGACCACUGGGGAUGUGAUUGCUAUCAACUACAAUGAGAAGAUCUAUGAGCUGCGGGUCAUGGAGACCAAACCUGACAAGGCAGUAUCCAUUAUUGAAUGUGACAUGAACGUGGAUUUUGAUGCUCCCUUGGGCUACAAAGAACCAGAAAGACCAGUGCAGCAUGAGGAGUCAAUAGAGGGAGAAGCUGACCACAGUGGCUACGGUGGAGAGGUGGGCUUUCGUGCCUUCUCUGGUUCUGGGAAUAGACUGGAUGGAAAGAAGAAAGGGGUUGAGCCCAGUCCCUCCCCCAUCAAGCCUGGAGAUAUUAAAAGAGGGAUUCCUAAUUACGAAUUUAAGCUUGGUAAGAUUACUUUCAUCAGAAAUUCACGUCCAUUGGUCAAAAAGGUUGAAGAGGAUGAAGCUGGGGGCAGAUUUGUUGCUUUCUCUGGAGAAGGACAGUCACUGCGGAAGAAGGGAAGAAAGCCCUAAGUCCAAAACUGUCAGCUGGAAAAUAAAAGAUCGUUUGCAACACACUGGCUGAUAGUUACUUGCUCUGACAAGUUCAGAGAAUGCGCUCUUAUUUAUGGUUUGUUUAGAGUUACCUAAGAACCAUUAAGCUUGUUCUGGGUACAAAACAGCAGAACUGGAGGGUAUGUGCUUAACCUGGGGAAGAGAAAUCGCUCUCAGGUCCCCAAGGACCUUCUCCGUCUCCAUGCAUUCUGUUCCAGGGCUCUCCAGGCCAUGCAGAGCAGUUCCCCUUCCUCCUUGUUCUUCCUUCCCAGGUCUGUAUAGGGCAGUGUCUUCAACAGAGUAUGGCUUCUCAAACCAGGAGCUGAGUACCUGACAAAGAUGGCCCCUGCCCUUAUUUACAGUGACUCUUCAGAAGGGAUCUCAUCCAGACAAAUUUACUCUCAUUUUGGGUAAUUCCCGAUCUACUGGCUGUCGGGAAUUCCAUGGUGAAGCCAAAUGUGAAAGUUAGAAUGAGUAUGAGUAAAUGCUGAAGUUAUGCCCCCAUUGCAAUUUUAUGUAUUACCCAAAGUUCUGAUAGUUUAUCUGUUUUUCAGGUACUAGGAUUGAACGAAAACCUCAUGAAUAUUAAGCAUGCCACACACUCUUCUUAUGGUUUUAUUGUCUCAGAUCUGCACUUUGUAUGAUGUAAGAUCUUUUGACACGCUGAUCCAAUUAUUUAAAUUUUUUUCCUUGAGAAUAAUUCUUAUUCAAAAAUUAAAUAAACUGAUUAAAACUUGC